AUGGGGGGGGGGGAGGGGGGCCGGGGCGGCCGGAGGUUUCGGAGGGGGCCGGGACCCCCCCCCACCCCGCCACCGGGCGCGGUGCGUCGGGCGGGCGGGCGGGGGCCGCGGGAGGGUGCGCCGGGGCGGGCGCCGCCGAGGAGCGUGAUUCAUCCUUUCCCCCCGGCGCUGCGUGUGCCGACGGGCGCGGACGGGGCGGCCCUUUCCUCGCUCCUCCUCGGCCCCCGCCCCCGCCUUGGCCCGGCUGACGCCGGGAACCGCGCUGGCACCCCCGGGCCUCGCUCCCCCCCCCCGGACACCAGCCCGGCCCUCGACCCCCCGACGCCCGCGGACCCGGGCGGCCGGGCACCGCGGCGGAGCCGGGGCGCCGGGGGGGGGGGGGGGGGGGAAACGACGGGAGCGGCUCUGCCCCACGGCGGCCGCAUCCCGCCGCGCCGGCCGCAGGCGUCAGGGAGGCGCUGCGCGGCGACGCCGGCUUUUCCCGCUCCCCGUUUUUGGGCAGAAAGGUGGGGAUUUUGGCAGGGGGUGCCGCCGCCCCCCCCCAGCCCCCGCUGGCGGGGAACCCAGGCGGCCGGGUGGCCGCCCCCGCUCGGUGCCCGCCGGGGCCCACGUGAGCCGGUCGGGGCUGCCGAGCCGGCAACGCCCUGGCGCCGCGCGGGCAGAGAGCCCGGCCCGGCCGGCAGCACCCGCCUGGGAAGAGGCCGCGGGCGCCGGAGACCCCCGAAACCGGGGUCACCCCAUCGCGCGAGGCUGAUCCUGGCACCCUCGUGCCGCGCUUGGAAGGCGGCAAAACUCGGGGCGGCCACCGCGGCCGCGAGCCAGCACCGCUGCGGAUCGGCCGCCGUCCGGCACGGGGCUGCGCCCGCAGUGCCGCCGCUGUGCCCGGCGCCCGGCGGCGUUGGCUUCACUUUGGCCGAGUUGGGGCCUGGUCUCGCCGCGGUGCUGUCCGCGGCCGCCCCGUUGGCACCGAGGUGUUGGUAG